AUGUUCGCGCAGUCCCUCAAACGCCCUCGCGACGAGGACAUGGAGUUCCUCGGCGCUAAUGAGUCUAAGAGACUCUGCCCGCCAUGGCUCUCCGUCCCCGAGUCGCGCCCCGACUCCGCAGCCGACAACGACCAGUCGCUGCGCUUUCAAGCACCCACUCUAACUCCCAUCGACUCCUCCGACGAUGAGGGGAACUUUGAGAAACAAGGUGCGCUGGGUCUAAGCGCGGGUCGUCCUGGCAAGCCCAAGCUGCACCUCGGCGCCAACGUUAACACAGCAGAGCAUCUGCGACCCGUUCUGGCCAGCGGUGACAAUUUAUCUCCAUGGCUGUCUGGCUCACAACUGGGCAGUGUCCAGCCCUCACCAAUCCCACAUCAACUCGUCAACCAAUCCCUAACCAUCAAUGGCGUACCGACUACCACGCCCACCCAUGGCUACUUCCCAGCCGAGGCGUCGCCCAUCGCACCCUCAACCCAGCAAGACCUACAUAUGACAGUGGAUACGACAGGUAACAGCGUGACCCUCCCGCCUGCAAUCCGGCUACCCAGUCCAGUCAGUGACGACGGCGACGCAGUCAUGGCUACACUCGAGAACACCGGUGACGCAGACGCAGAUGCAGAAAUGGGCGACUACUUGCCGCCUAACUUCACCCAGACAGCCUCGCCCGCACCCUCAGUCGACUUUUCAGGCGUAUAUCAACAGGCACCGCCUGUCAUGGCUGAUAAUCAUCAUACUUCUGCAUGUACUGCGGCCCCACGCCGACGAUCUCCGCUCGUCAUGGGCUAUCGUGCAGACUGCAAUAAGUGCCAAUGCAAGGUACCUGGGCACUAUAGCCAUAUCCGCCGCGGUUAA